CUUGUUUAUUCAGCAGUAGUUCUCUCAGAGAACAAAGAGAGAGAGAGAUAGCGAGCAGAGAGGACAUGGGUAUCGGUCCCAAAGCUACUUUCAUGGAGUACUCUCUGGUUUGGCCUGUGUUUGUUUUGUGCAUUUUGUCACAGAUUGCAUGUGCUCAGGCGUCCACUGGCAACACCCGGUACUACCUGUUUCGUAUACAACUGAAAAACAUAACGCGGCUUUGCCAGACAAAGCCAGUCGUUACCAUCAACGGGCAAUUUCCAGGGCCCAAGAUUGUUGCCCGUGAAGGGGACCGACUUAUUGUGAAGGUGAUCAAUCAUGUGAGCAACAAUGUCACCAUACACUGGCACGGAGUUCGGCAGCUCAACAGUGCAUGGGCAGACGGCCCUGCUUACGUAACGCAGUGUCCAAUUCAAACGGGACAAACUUAUGUGUACAACUUCACAAUCACAGGACAGAGAGGGACACUCUUCUAUCACGCCCAUGACUCUUGGAUGAGGGCUACCAUUUAUGGGCCAUUGGUCAUCCUCCCCAUGCAUAACACGUCCUACCCUUUCCCUAAACCCCACAAAGAAGUUCCCAUUGUCUUUGGGGAAUGGUUUAAUGCGGAUCCAGAAGCGGUGAUAGCUCAGGCUUUAAGGACUGGUGGAGGUCCUAAUGUGUCUGAUUCUUACACUAUUAAUGGCCUUCCAGGAAUGCUUUACAAUUGCUCAUCUAAAGAUACUUUCAAGCUAAGCGUCACUCCCGGCAAGACGUACCUGCUUCGCCUGAUCAAUGCUGCACUCAAUGACGAGCUGUUCUUUAGCAUUGCCAACCACACUCUUACGGUGGUAGAAGCUGAUGCCAUCUACACAAAGCCCUUCAAAACUGAGGUUGUGGUCAUAACACCAGGCCAAACCACCAACGUCCUCCUUCAUGCCAAGACAUGUUACACCCCUGUCCCAAACAGCACCUUCCUUAUGGCUGCAAGACCGUAUGCUACUGGUCAAGGAACAUUUGACAACUCUACAACAGUUGGCCUCCUGCAAUACAAAGUCAAACAAGGCCGCCAUUACUUUCCUCCUACUCCCAAGACCUCACUCAUCAUGCCUACCCUUCCUGCUUUAAACGACAGCAGUUUUGCCAUGAAUUUUAGUAGGAAGUUUCGAAGCUUAGCAAGUGGAAGGUUUCCGGCAAACGUUCCUGAAACAGUCGACAGACACUUCUUCUUCACUGUGGGACUGGGGACUCUUCCUUGUCCUAAGAACCAAACGUGCCAAGGCCCAAACGGGACAAGGUUUUCUGCCUCCGUGAACAAUGUCUCCUUCGUUCUUCCUACUACUGCACUCCUUCAAUCCCACUUUUUUGGUCAAUCUAAUGGGGUUUACUCUACCGACUUUCCUAGCCAACCUCUUAUUCCCUUCAACUACACUGGCACUCCACCAAACAAUACUCGAGUGAUCAACGAUACCAAGGUGGUGGUUCUGAAAUACAACACGAGUGUGCAGUUGGUGAUGCAAGACACCAGCAUUCUGGGGGCGGAGAGCCAUCCCCUCCAUCUUCAUGGCUUCAAUUUCUUUGUGGUGGGACAAGGUUUUGGAAAUUAUGACCCAAAUAAGGACCUCCUCAAUUUCAAUUUGCUGGACCCAAUGGAGCGGAAUACGAUCGGAGUGCCAAGUGGAGGAUGGGUGGCGAUCCGGUUCUUGGCUGACAACCCAGGUGUGUGGUUCAUGCAUUGUCACCUGGAGGUGCACACCAGUUGGGGCCUUAAAAUGGCUUGGGUGGUCUUAGAUGGAGAGAAGCCCAAUCAAAAGCUGCCUCCACCACCAUCUGAUCUUCCAAAGUGUUGACAACAAAUAAGAUGCGGUCAAAUUUGGAACAAGUUUUGUGCACCUCAAUUGGCCAAUUCACCUGAUCUCAAUUUUGGGUUACUGCUUUCAUGUAGCCUUUCUUGUUGGUAUUCACUUGUGCAGUUGUGCGUCGUGUUUUUUUCAAUAUAUGUAUUUCAAUGAUUUCUUGUUUAGUUGUAGAAUAAUUUUUCCUUCUUUAAUUUGUUUUAGGCAGCCUGUGGUUAUAUGAAACAAACGCAGUAACCUUCCAAAGUGUUGACAUUGACAUUAGAUUUCAUCAAAGUUGGCUGCUGGUUUUGUGUUA